AGUCCUUUUGUUCCCCGUGACAACUGCAUACAUGAACAUAUUACCAUAAUAUCGACUUACCAUUGAAUAGACAGAGAUGAAACGCUUACAAAAGGAAAAUGGUGGUUAACAAAGUGACUCUAGAAGAUCUCACUACUUGGUUACAGGGAACAGACAGGAAAGAGAUAUGAUUGAAAGUUCCUACAAGCCAAUUAAUGGCGAAAGUCCAUCAGAAACCAAUCAACCUUUCCAUCGAAAACUACUACAAAAGAUUCAAAGCAUUGACAAGAGCUUUAUUAUAUCGAAACUCUUCUAUUUCUUUUUCUACACGGCUCUAGGAGCUUUAUUUCCGUUCUUCAGUUUGUACUAUAAACARUUAUGGCUUUCACCRAGUCAAAUUGGUAUUCUACUURCGCUGCGUCCAACAGUCAAGCUUAUUUGCCUUCCACUUUGGAAGAUGGUAACAGCCAAGUACAGCAGGCCAAAAGCUGUAUACUUUAUCUCGAUAUUUGGUUGGUUGAUUGGUUAUUAUGGCCAAACUCUGGUAGCUCCUGAUAAUACCCCAUGUUACAUUAGAAAURCUUCCAUGCCAAGUACUAUAAMCUCUGCACUAAAUGCAUCAUUGCUUCGAAUGGCGUCAAGCGAUUGGGGCAAAAGACAGUUCGAUUUGUCUUCAUAUCCAGAACACAAACUGAACUUCAAACCUUUUCACAAUAACAAAGUUAUCAAACGCAGUGCCUAUUCUAACUCACGCGAUUCCAUCCUGAAAUUAUCACAGAGAGACAACUAUAAACUUAAUGCAAUCAGAUCUCAGAAUGUCAAGCUAAAAAGGCCAGUGAGUAAACAAAUUCUUUAUGAAAUGAAAUCAGUUAGCAAAGGUGCAGACAAACGUCCAGAAUUCGAUACUAACAAUGAAGUGCACAACAAAGAAGCAAACUUUUUGUCCAGUCAAGAUGACGCCAACGACGACACUUCAAAAUGGAUGCCUUUCCUAAUACGGGUWGAAARGAGCCCMAAACCARSCAAAGACUUCCGUAUCCAAUACAAUUAUUGGAUCAUUCGUACACUUGCUGUUAUAAUUAUUCUGACGGAGAUAAUAACCACACCCACACCCAUGCUAGCUGACAGCGCWGUCAUUYAUUCCCUGGCURACACUGACAAUGACUAUGGAAAACAAAGGUUAUUUGGGUGUCUUGGUCUGGCUUUAUCGGCUGCAUUAGUAGCURUCUGGGUGUCCARCAUAUCAAAUUGUCGAUACACAGACACCAUUGACUAYAWUCCUUGUUUCAACAUUUUCCUUGCUGCCAUUGGUGCAACGGUUAUUGUCAGUUUUUUCUUCAAAUUCGAGACACCUGAACGAGCCCGAGAUGGUGAARACGAYUAUGAAUUACUUGAAGCUGUCAAGAUAUUCAAGUCACCUCGCUAUGGCUUCUUCUUGUUCACCAUGUUUACUCUUGGMUUCGCACACAGUGUGCAAAUCACUUUUCUGUUCUGGUUUCUACAGGAYAUUGGCGGCACACCUGCUUUGUUUGCCUUCAUGAUACURGUGUACUGUGUCUCAGAAGUAGUGAUGUACUUUGUCUUAAGUUACAUUAUAGAAGCAAUAGGCACGCAACGAACACUAGCUAUUGCUAUAGCAUGUUAUACAGUAAGGUUUCUAAUGUAUGGGUCUCUGCAGCAUCCGUGGUUGGUGAUUCCUAUGGAAUUAGUCCAGGGAAUGACGUACGGUGGGGUCUGGACAGUGGCUGGCAUGUAUAUCAAAGCACCAGAAGGCGCGACUAAAUUAAUCCAAAGUAUACUACAUGGUKCCUAUUGGGGCGUUGGUAUGGCAACAGGUGCAUUGGUCAGUGGUUUUGUAGUUGAGGGUAAAGGAGCACAGAGCUUGUUUCUUGUUAUGUCCUUUGUGAUGGCUCUGCUGUCUAUCAUGCAUUUCUUUAUUUAUCUCAUUGAUCGAAUUGCGUGUCUGGAAGAGGAAGCUCGUAAACGACGAGAAGGUUUAUCAACACAGCAACCCACAAAACAAGAUGAAAACUUCAUUGGGGCAGCGGCUGCUCCAUUAGUGCCAUGCCUUUUGUAUGGACGAUAGAAUAUCAGCUAGAAGAAAGCUUUAAAAGCACCAUCUGYCAUUCUUAUUUGAUAAGGUGAUAUUGAGUUAUCAAUACAUGGAUUAAUUGAGUCCACUCUAAUUCUUUAAAAAAAYCUAAAUAAAGUAUCAGAGAAAAUUACAGGAAAAUAACAGAGAAAUAACAAUUAAGUCGAAUCCUUCCAKAAUAAUGUAAUGUAAGUCCACAAUUUAAUAAAGAUUACGAAGCAGGGGUCCUGUGUUUAGUC